AUGGCGCUGGCGGCCGCGUCGGUGCCGCCCAUCGUCGCGAGCAGGUUCGGCCUCGAGCAGCGCUGCUUCUACCGCCACCCGGACCUCUACGAGGAGGAGGUGCCCGAGAUGGAGCUGGAGACGGUGCUGUCGCGGCCAGACUUGGGCGCUGGGUGCGCCUUCCGGAGCUUCCUGCUGCUCGGCGACCAGAACGCCGGCAAGUCGACUUUGCUGCACAGCUUCUGCCGGGAGGGCGACCCAAGCUUCAUGCAGCUCUCGUCACUGCUUCCAGUGCUGUCGAGCUCGUUCAUCAACACGCGCCUGGUCCCGAGGAGCCUGUUUGGAGACCGGGAAGACGACUUGAACAAGUGCAUCAGUGCCGUUCGCGACGAGAUGCCUUUCAUGGACACCGACAUCGCUCGGGGCAUUGUGAUGCUGAUUCGAAGGAACUUUGUGUUCUUCUGCAACGAGUUCGGCGUUUCGAUCCACGGGGAGGAGGAGGACGCGAGCGGCGAGGGGCCCGCCGCCGAGCCGUUCGGCCCGGAGGUGCGCUUCGUCGCGCUGCAGUUUGUGGAGCUGGGUGGGGACCACCUGGACCGCCUCCUCCGCUUCGGCGCCUCCGGGGGCGACCUGGGUGCUCUGCGCGCGUCCGAGGCCGUUGGCGUCGACCCGACGCGCGGCAGUGCCGAGGACGAGGCCUUCUGGACGGACAUCCACGAGGUGCUCCUCGGCUCCCUCCGGCUCCUGCGGGCGACCAGCAGCGCGCUGCGCUCGAUGCUGCGGAAGCUCAGCUUUCUGGGCGGCGCGCUGGGCAGCGGCUGCGGCGGCGGCGGCGGCGGCCUGGGCGGCACGUGCGAGGUGGUGUUCUACGUUUCGAGGGCCCCCCCCGUGGAGGCUGGCAGCUUCGAUGCCGCCGCCGCCUGGGCGGAGGCCCGCGCUGAGGUCCUGGCCUUUGCGCGCGAUGAGCUCGGCGCUUCGGCGGCCGCCUCUGCCGCACGUACCCUCCUCAAGGCACCUCCGCCGAGCGUAGGCGUGUGGGAGCCCUGCGACGAGGGCCUCGACCUCAGCGCGCUCGAGGAGGUCGCCGGCGCUGCCGCGCUCGAGUGGCGCGCGGCCGAGGAGCGCUCCGGGCCGCUGCUCGCGUUUAUCCGCGACAUGGUCGCCAGCUUGGCGCUGCCGGCGCUCCGCUCGCGCCUGCGGCUCUGCGGCGUGUACGCGGCGCGGAGCCUUGUGGACGAGCUCGGCGACGCCCGCUCGGCAGCCCCGGGGCCCAGGGUCUCGGCGGGCCUGGCGCCGAGCAUGGAGGGUCAGGGGUCGCUGUGCGCGCCCUCGGUGGUGCGAAACGUGGCGCGGCUGCUGCGGCGGGCUGGGCGCGAGGACCUGGGCGCGGUCGGCCCCGGCCACGGCCUGGUCCCCCAUGUGGCGGAGCUCAUGCUCCGGUGUUCGCUGCGGCUGCGUCAGGUGGAGUCGCCGGGCGGCGGUGCGAACACGGCCACGGUCGUGGGUCGCUGGGUCACGCGCUUCGAUCUCGCGGAGCACCUAGAGGAGUGCGAGGCGGAACUCUCGGUGCCGCUGCCAGAGGUGGCGACGCUGCAGUGCUGGGAGGCCGCCGUGCUGGCGCUCGACCGCGCCGCAGUGUGCUCGCUGCUCGCUCCGGGCGGCGAGAAGGGCGCCAUCGAAGUGCUGACCGUGGCGCUGGUCGUGCACGGGCCCAUCAGCGUCUCCAUCGAGGCGAGCCGCAUGGACUUCUACUACUACGCCAGCGGCAUCUACGACUCCCCGACAACCCCGCCUGCAGCAGCAGUGAGGCCGCUUCGGACCACGUCGUCUUGGCAGUUGGCUAUGGGAUCGCGGGGCGCCCUCCCCGGGCAGACGUACUGGCUCCUGCGCAACAGCUGGUCGUCCUACUGGGGCGAGGGCGGCUACGUGCGGGUAGCCAGAGAGGGCAACAUCUGCGGGGUCGCGACGACCCCCGCGUUCGCCCUCCUGAACCCGCACGCCCGGCUGCCGUAGCGGGUGCGGCCAGCGGCGGGCCUGUGGCCUGUCCGCGGCCUGCCCCGUUCUCUCAGGGUGGCCUGGAGCACGAGCUCGUGCUCGGCUGCUCCGUCGCCGUGGACGACCUCGGAGGGCGGGAGGGCCGCUCGGGACAGCGGCCCGACCGUCGCAGUCUCUACAGUUUCAGAGCUCGGGCUCGACGAUGUUCCGCGCGGGAGGCAAGAGGCCCCCAGCGCCCAGCGGCACUUUGCCGCAGAAGUGGAGGCAACAGACCUCCUUCGUACGCCUCGCACCGUGCGAGGAGGGCAAUACAUUUCCACCGCCCCUGGCCAGGCUCAUUCUCGGCCCAGUAUCGGUGCAUGUGCCUCCCUGGCCAAGCUAGGGGUGCGUAUGUACCACUCCUGGGCCCAGGAUGGGCUUGGCUAAGGGCGGUGGACUUCGUACAGAUUUUCUGUCGCCCUAACGAAGGCGUUUGCCGACGCCCGCCCGCCUUCCCGCUCGCGCCAGGGCGAGGAGAAGGGCGGUGAGAGGAGCAGGAGGAGGAGCAUGAGGACGCGUCGCCGCUCCGCGCACGGACUAGAGCGCGUGCGGGCCUCCCACAG